AUGGAUAGUAUUAUAAAUGAACAUGAAAAUAGUCCACUCCAGUCUCAGGAUGGCAUUUUACAAUGUGAUAGAUAUGGAUUUCGUGGUGGUCAGCAGUAUACAAAUCCAGAAGAAGAAGAUCGUGUUCCCAUUGAGGUUAUACGUUCACGAGAGUUAAAAUGGAGGAAAAUGUGUUCUAAUUGGAGUUUAUGGUAUUUUAAAUACCAUCAAAAGCUACGUGAUCGAUGUCGAAAAGGGAUUCCUGAUUCAUUUCGUUGUGAAGCAUGGCAACGACUAUGUGCGAGCCCGAUGGUACUUGUUCAACGUCAACGAAUUACAUGUGAUGAAACUCUCGGGACAAAAACAACCUUAAUAACUACAGGAACUAGUCAAAGUGUUGAUCAUGGUAGUAAAAGUAAAUUUCCUAAGCAUCGUUUCGGAACAUUAUCAAAUCGAACAAAUUUUAAAAGUUUACAAAUGGUUAUCACUUCUCCAAGUUUUCGUACUAGUCAAAUUAAAGAAGAUGAUAGACGCAAACUUUUAUUUCGAAAAUUGCACGGCACUGACAGUACUGUGUUAAGUCAAGGGUCUAGUUUCCAUUCUUUGCGCAUUAGUAGGGUUAAAGAUGGUAUUCCUAAUUCACAUGAUAGCUGUCGAUAUCCUUCAGCACUACCUCUUUCCUUACAAAAUCAUGAGAGUCCAAAUACUCAAAGAAUACCACCGUGGCAGCGAAAUACUUUCAAUAGCGAAUCCAUUCGAUCGAUAUCCGGUACAACUCAUAGCAGUCUUCAUAAUUUACCUUCUAGUGCAUUGAACAAUGUUAAUUCUUCAAUGUUUAACCAAUCAGCAUUACCUAAUUCAGGUUAUUCAACAAUUGCAUCUGUUCAUGAUAAAUCAUGUUCACCAGAAUCACAUAUUGAUACUACUGAUAUGAUCAAAUCAAAUCAUGUUACAACUACUAGAAAUUCCGGUGGUUAUGCUAGUCUUAGUACGACAUCUUGUACAGAUAGUUCUAGUACAAAUCAUUUUCAAAACGAAAUUCAAAUUCACGAAGCAUCUUCUACAGAUUCAUGUACUUCCAUUUUAAUAUCAUCAUCUGUUGGAUCGUCAUCAUCACCAAUUUUGCAUCGAAUCACACGAAAUAUUGACGUAUUUUCUAACCAAACAAGUGAUAUUCUAACAGAAUACGAUAAUGAUGAUCCCAGAGCUACACUUGUCCCAUCGAUUGAUUUAGAUCCAGAGAAAUUAUAUACAAAUUAUUGCCUACAAGAAGGAACAUCAGUUAAUUGUGAUCAAAUACGUCGUGAUAUUGAUCGCCAAUUUCCUUUCCAUGAAUUAUUCAGUGAAAAAGGAGGUCAUGGUCAAGAAAGUUUAUACACCUUACUAAAAGCUUAUACAAUUAGACAUCCAGAGAAAGGUUACUGUCAAGGUCAAGCCCCACUAGCAGCUGUUCUACUCAUGUUUAUGCCGGAAGUUGAUGCCUUUUGGACUUUCAAUGAAAUUUGUGAACGUUAUUUAGAAUCUUAUUAUGAUGAUGGUCUUGAACGAGUACAAAUUGAUGGGGACGUCUUAUAUGCUCUUCUUAAGUCGAUACAUCCUCCAAUAUACAAAUUUUUACGAAAAUAUUCAGUGGAACCAAAUCUUGUCGUUUUGGAAUGGUUCAUGUGCGCUUACACACGAACUUUACCUUGGACAGCUGUAUUAAGAAUAUGGGAUUUGUUCUUCUGUGAUGGUAAAAUCAUAUUGUUUAAAGUGGCUAUUGUUUUAUUGAAUCGUUUAUUUGGACAUCCUUCUCACCGUAAAUCAUGUCAAGGACUUGAUGAUAUUCUUAUGAGAUUACGUGAAGUAUCAUCUGUUGUUGGCAAAUUGGAUAAUUUCAUCCGUGAAGUUGUUCGAGUCCCUAUAACUACCAAAGAAUUAAGUCAACAAAUUAUUCGACAAUCUCAAAAAUGGGCAGCUAAUCAUCAGAGACAAUCUUAG